AUGGACGCCCUCGAUAAAAUACAAGAAAGUGUGGUUGUCAAAAAUGGAAACAGCAAUACGCACUCUUCUCUUUUCUCAGAUCUUCGUCCGCUCGGUCCUGAGGGGCCUUUUUCUUUGGAGACUCAGUUUAUCGCCGACUCAGAUUCUUGCAAAGUGAACUUAAUUAUAGGCGCAUACCGGAACAAUCAGGGACAGGCAUGGCAGCCCCCUUCGUUGGUAGAGGCAAAGAAGAGGAUACACGUUGAAUCUUGCCUCCAUGAAUACCUGCCUUUGCACGGGAGUGCCGAGUUUCUAGAGUCUUCUAAGCUGCUCGUCCUCGGUCCCGAAAUUACCAACCAGGCCUAUGACCGAAUUGCUUCUAUUCAGACCAUCUCAGGAACGGGAGCCAACAGCCUUAUUGCCAAAUUCCUGGACAAUCACACCCAUCCAGCCAAUAUCUGGCUCCCCGAUCCAACCUGGGUCAACCACGCCGAUAUCUGGAAAGAGAAUGCACCGGGUGUUGAUCUGCGCUGGUAUCCCUACUAUGACGAAUCUUCACGCUCCUUAAGCUUCAGUGCGAUGAUCCAGACUCUCCAAAGAGACACCCAAGAAAACGAUGCCAUCCUUCUCCAUGCCUGUGCCCACAACCCCACCGGUCUGGAUCCGACCAAGGAGCAGUGGGAAGAGAUUGCUCUUGUUUGCAAGGAGAAGAAACUGUUUGUCAUCUUCGACUCUGCUUAUCAAGGGUUCGCAUCAGGAGACCUCGACCACGAUGCGUGGGCCAUUCGGCACUUCUUCACACACCCUGGGCUAGAGUUCGCCAUUUGCCAGUCCUUCUCGAAGAACAUGAGCCUCUACGGAGAACGCUUGGGGGCGCUCCAUAUUGUUGUAUCUAGGAAAUCCUCUUCGCCACCUACAGCCUCCGUCCAUGGUCACCUUGCUGAGAUCCAGCGAGCCUGUGUAUCCAUGGCACCCCUGUUUGGAAGCCGCGUGGCGAACGAAAUAUUUAAGAGCGAAGACCUCCACUUAAUGUGGCAAGCGGACCUCUUACUCAUGAGCAACCGCAUCAAGACAAUGCGCAAAGCUGUAUAUGAUGAGCUUGUGAGGCUCCAGACGCCUGGAAACUGGGAUCAUGUCGUCCAUCAAACAGGAAUGUUUUCCUAUACGGGGUUAACGGAGGAACAAGUGGGACGACUGCGGAAGGAACACCACGUCUAUAUGCUUCCGUCAGGCCGGGCUUCGAUUUGUGGUCUCACAUGUGCCAACUUCAAGUAUACGGCACAGGCGAUCCAUAGUGUGAUAACAGAUACACAGAAGAGGCAGGUAUGA